AGACACCGCGCCACCUACCUGUUGAAUAUUACCUACUGUUUAAUGAUUGAGUCAGGUGUUGGGUUGACAACUUACUCACUGUCGGAGAACAAAGUCGAACCUGGGGAUAAAGGAUAGUCAGUCGAGUUUAGUCGAGGUAAAGGCGGAAGGAAGGAGGAUUUGUGGAAGAGGUAGCCACUCCAAUGUUUUAACCGGACAGACAAGACCACCGGAUUUAUCAACAGACCAGAAACAGAUUUAUUGACGCCGCCACACGAUGCCUUUAGGACUGAGACGAAAGAAGAACAAGUCGAGGGAGAGCUCGAACCUGGUGGAGAAUGAGGAGGUCGGUGGACACACCGGUGGGCGCUCCGUGAAGUCGACCGUAAACGGAGCGGGGCUCCCACCGCCACCUGCCAACCUGCGGCCCAAACUAGUGUUCCACACUCAGCUCGCUCACGGCAGCCCCACGGGAAGGAUCGAGGGAUUUAAUAACGUCAAAGAACUCUACGGGAAAAUAGCUGAGACGUUCAAUUUAAGUCAACCGGAGAUCCUGUUCUGUACAUUGAACACCCAUAAGAUCGACAUGGAGAAGCUGCUUGGUGGUCAGAUCGGCCUGGAGGACUUUAUAUUCGCCCACAUUAAAGCCAUUAAGAAGGAGGUGGAGGUGUUUAAGUCAGAGGACGCCCUGGGCCUCACCAUCACAGACAACGGGGCGGGAUACGCCUUCAUCAAGCGUAUCAAGGAGGGCAGUGUGGUGGACAAGGUGAAGGUGAUCUCUGUAGGAGACCACAUAGAGUGCAUCAACGGGAAGAGCAUUGUGGGAUCACGUCACUACGAGGUGGCUCGCAUGCUGAAGGAGCUGCCGAAAGACCAGAAGUUCACUCUCAAACUGGUGGAGCCCAUGAAGGCCUUCGAGAUGCUGGAGCCGCGGUCGAAGGGAGCCAAGGAGGCCAGUGACAAUAAGAUGGGGACAGGGAGAGGGACUCUGAGACUUCGCUCCAGGGGCCCUGCUACCGUAGAGGAAGUGCCUACAGAGUUUGAGGACAGAGCAGUGAAGAAGGUGGAUGACCUACUGGAGACUUACAUGGGUAUCAGAGAUACAGAACUGGCGGCGACCAUGGUGGAGGUGGGUCGGGACAAGAAGAACCCUGAUGAGUUUGCCAUGGCUCUGGACGAGGCUCUCGGGGACUUCGCUUUUCCUGACGAGUUUGUGUUCGACGUCUGGGGCGCUAUCGGAGACGCCAAACAGGGACACGUUUGAACUUUCCCCUGAUUCCCUAGCCUGGUCCCAGAUCUGUUUACAGCUGGCAAGACCUCACAAACAGAUCUGCGACCAUGCUACCAAUCCCUCUGAGUACCACAGCUCCACAUCUUCAUCCAGCCAACUGGACAAAUACCAGCCAGUAGAGAAAGAGGCUAAAGGGUGCCUCUGUUUUGUAGGGUUACCAGUGUUGCACCCUAAAAAGACAGAAUCACUUCAGUCAUGUCCCACUCAACCUAGUUUUCUGCUUGUAUCCCAAAUGGCCCCUCCAUAUUCCCUUUAUAGUGCACUACUCAUAGGGCCCUGGCCAAACGUAGUGCACUAUAUAGGGAAUAGUGUGCUAUUUGGGAUAUACAUUCUAUGUCCUUUUUCCACAGGUUACAAAAGAGUUCUGAUGUCUGCAUCACCACUACAGCACUUGUCUUUAAUGACUGUGGUGAACCGACAUGGUGAUCACAUACAGUAGACUACUGUUCUCCUCUCCCCUCUCUCCUCUCUCUCCUCUCUCCCCCCUCUCUCCUCUCUCCUGUCUCCUCUCCUCUCUCUCUCCUCUCUCCACCCUCUCUCCUCUCUCCACCCUCUCUCCUCUCUCCUGUCUCCUCUCCUCUCUCUCUUCUCUCUCCUCUCUCCCCCCUCUCUCCUCUCUCCUGUCUCCUCUCCUCUCUCUCUUCUCUCUCCUCUCUCCACCCUCUCUCCUCUCUCCCCCUUUCUCCUCUCUCCUGUCUCCUCUCCUCUCCCCCUCUCUCCUCUCUCUUCUCUCUCCUCUCUCCUCUCUCCCCCUCUCUCCUCUC